CCGUUCCGAAUCCCAGCCCUCAGUGUGGUUCCGGAUUACCUUGUCGUCGCCGCCCCCACGGGAGUAUUCCGCCAUGAUUGCCAAGUUGCUCGUGAUCUCGGUGGCGCUGGCCCUUGCGAGCGCGGGCGUGGCAUUGCAAGGGGGAGAAAGCACACAGCACAGAGCACAAGACGACUACGGCAACUACCAGUUCAGCUACGAUAUCGUGGAUCCCCUGGGGGCCACCAACGGCCGCUGGGAAGUGGGAGAUGCGUUCGGCAACAAGCGGGGCGGCUACACCAUCACGGAUAUCGACGGCCGCCAGCGACGCGUCGAGUACGUGGCCGACCAGCACGGAUUCCGCGUCAUCGUGAACACCAAUGAGCCCGGAACAGCCGCCAGCGCCCCGGCCAGUGCGGUCUUCAACUCGCCUUACGUCGGUGUCAUCGGUGGGCUCGCCGUCGCCAAACCCGUUGUGGCCGCGGCGUCCACGGUACCCAUCGCCAGGGUUCCAGCUCCGUACGUCAAGCGAGUGCGCAAGGUGAUCCGUGUGCCCGCCAGGUCUCGUUACCUUGCUAGGGCUUCGACGCCCGUCGUCCUCGCGGCUCCGAGCCCCUACCAGGGGCCCUCGUUCCACGGCCAGUUUGGGCAGCGUAUCGGUGCCAGCAGAAACUUCUACAACUACUACUGAGGCUUCAGGGGUUAAAUACGGGCGCCACAUGCGCCAUGAAGUGUUGCUCACUCGCGCGAGCACAAGAUGGCCACGAGGGCUGCGAAGACCCGAGGCUCGGCUCUUCCUCGCCUUUCACUGUGCGGUUUCGUCCGCUGUUUUUGGAUAAGAACUGGGAGGUGCGCAGCAUCCAGGACAAGGACACCGAUAUUGUGCCGAGCAUGCUCCUGUCACGUUAUUUUAAUAUUGGGUCUAAAUCGGUUGUCCAUCUGGCAUAAAUCAUUAACCGUACAGUCUGGCGCCUGCAGCAAUCGACGAGGAGUUGCUUUGUGUUCUUAGAGAACGAGAGGUGAAUAGAGGAGUUCGCCAGUAAACCUCCAGGUUGUUUAUAUUUCGUGCGCCGCUAGUACGGCUUGUUUUGUUUUUAUUUCGGUCUUUGGGAAUAGAACACUCACGAAGUCUUGUAAAGGUGCGGCAGGUUCAUCCUGAUCAUAAACUGUACGUUAUCGCGUCUUGUUUUCAUCGCAAACGAAUUUUCGCGGCCGUGCACAGAAGCCAACUUCUAUCCAGUUGUGAGUUGUAGCAUCGUUAUUUGUUUUAUGUACUGUUUGUCUGCCUUUUGCCUUUAUGUAGCGCUUUGGGUCUUUCACUGUUUCUAGUCCAUGGUGUGUUGUUUUUGUGUGUCCCAUCGCAAUGGACGGAGUCUCCGUGGGGCCUUGGAAACCAUCCUUUUGAGCUGGCCAACGGAAUGUGUCCCGUCCAUACUUAGCUCAGAGUUAAAUGUCCUUUAAUAACAGUUUUUAAACUGCCAUUUAGCAGCUGUGUUGCGAUCAUGUCCUUAUUAUCCGCGGAGAAUAAUUCAUAUUAUGUUCGACUAACUCAGCUCGAAAAGGAUGAUUUGCAAGGGUGCUACCGUCGAUAAAAAGUGCAGUGUGGCUAAUCUAUGCUUCAUGUUUCACGCAUAGAACAUCGUCGUUCACAUUUGACUUUGCUCUCCCUCGCCUUGAAUGCUACAGCUCAAGGGAAACGAUGGAGAUAUAUUACACCCAGGAACCCUCCUUAGUCGCUUCACAUAUACUAUAUUUAUGAAUGUACAUUGCAGAAAGUAUUAGAACUGAACAAAAUUGGUUAUCGUUUCAUGCGAUAGAAGUAGGCUUCCAUGUAGGUGCUCCUAACAUACAUUUAAAAUAAAACGCGCGUAUGUUGCGCUUACUGUCAAGCGUUUUGUGUGACUAACAGCUGUACAAAUAAAAGCAAGAUUUUUUUUUU